CAGUUAAGAGCAUCUUGUGAUUUUUCUCAUCUCAGUUUCAACAAAUUAACUGAGAGACACUUUGAAAAAUCCCCAUGGCCUGACGCAGAUUACGUGGCAUCACUUGUGGAUGGAGAUCAAGUGUUUUUGAUUCUCUAUAAAGAGUUGUACUACAGACACAUCUACAAUAAACUCAAGCCAACAUUGGACCAUCGCUUUGAGUCAUACUUCAACUACUGCGAUCUUUUCAAUUACAUUCUAAAUACCGAUGAACCUGUUCCUCUCAGUCUGCCCAAUCAGUGGCUGUGGGACAUUAUUGACGAGUUUAUUUACCAGUUCCAAUCAUUUAGCCAGUACCGAUCAAAGUUGUUGAAAAAGGGAGAAGAUGAAGUAGGAACACUGAGAGCAAACACAAAGAUCUGGAAUGUUCACAGUGUUCUUAAUGUACUCUAUUCUUUAGUGGAAAAGUCCAAGAUUAACCAUCAGCUGGAGGUGUAUAACCAAGGUGGUGACCCUGAUUCUGUGGCUGGUGAGUUUGGAAUCCAUCCCCUCUACAAGAUGCUGGGUUACUUCAGUUUGAUUGGUCUGCUGAGGCUUCACUCUCUGCUUGGUGAUUAUUUCCAGGCAAUCAAAGUGCUGGAGAAUGUUGAACUAAACAAGAAGAGUCUUUACUCCCGAGUUCCUGCCUGCCAAAUCACCACUUAUUACUAUGUUGGAUUUGCAUACCUUAUGAUGAAGAGGUACCAGGAUGCAAUUCGCAGUUUCUCCAAUAUUUUGCUGUACAUUCAGAGGACCAAAAAUAUGUUCCAGACCAAAUCUUAUCAGUAUGAACAGAUUAUGAAGAAGAAUGAUCAGAUGUAUACACUGUUGGCCAUUUGUUUGACGUUAUGUCCACAGCGAAUUGAUGAGAACGUUCAUUCACAACUUCGUGAAAAGUGUGGAGACCGAUUGCAAAGGCUGCAGCGUGGGGAUGUACAGACAUUUGAGGAGGCCUUCUCGUACGCGUGUCCAAAAUUCAUCUCGCCUGUACCUCCAAACUUUGACGCUCCGCCAGCCAAUUUUAACAGGGAACCGUUUAAUCUCCAGCUUAAGGUUUUUAUGAACGAAGUGUCACAACAAUCUCUUAUACCAGUUAUAAGAAGCUAUUUAAAACUCUACACCACAAUGCCCAUCGCAAAGCUGGCUGCUUUUCUUGACAUGGACGAGAACCAAUUCAGGACGCAACUGCUCUGCUUCAAGCAUAAACAGAGAAACCUUGUGUGGACUAAAGGCACAGAUGCUCUUGAAGGAGAACUUCAGUCUUCUUCUGAAGUGGACUUCUACAUUGACCAGGACAUGAUUCACAUCGCUGAUACAAAAGUGGAACGGCGUUACGGAGAUUUCUUCAUUCGACAGAUUCACAAGUUUGACGAGGUGACCAAAAGCAUCCAGGCGGUACAGUGAUACCUCUCAAAGCAGAAGACAGCACGCUGUAUUGGAUCACCAACAGAGAGAAUAGCCCAUUAUUUUGCGAGUUCCUUCAGCCUCUAUCAAAGCGAGAGCUGGUGCGCAACCAUUCAUGAAUGAGUUUAAUUUUCAUCAUCCUUUCAUAUGAAAAUGAGAUUUCAUUCCAUGUAGCAUGUGAAUGAAAUCUUAUUUUCAUAUGAAAUGAGGGGCACCGAGACUCGAUUUUAGACAGAGGCUAAGGGAGAUCCGAAAUGGUUCAUUUGUACUUUGAAGAAGGAAAAAAUACAUUGCCGAUAAUUAACCUCCAA